AUGCUGUCUCAGCGGAGGAGGCUCGGGCUGGUUCUUCAAAGACACCCCGAAAUUCCAUCAGAAAAGCCCGGAGAUUGGUUGUGAAAGCACCACUGCGAUCCCAAAGCGGAGUUGCCCAGGCCAAAGCCCUUCCAGUUAAAAGACUGAUAACGAAGGCCACCUUUGCUCGUUCUGAAGGGAACUGUUCCGCCAUGAGUUCAAUGUGCAUGGAGCACUGAGUCACGAAACCACACCAGGACUUAGGAUCCCCCUCAUAUUUCACUGGAAGAGACAAGCAGUUUCAUUCCGGAGGAGUUUGCAGCAGUGGGAGGCAGCACUAAAGAAGGAGGAAGCUGUGGUUGUGGUGGUUAUUGUUGAGCAGUUAUUGCAACUGCUGCAUCAUGGCGGAUAACUGGCUCAACUGCUGUGUCUGCUGGGCCAACUGCUGUGACUGGAGCGCCAUGAUAGAAGCGAGAUCCAGAUUAUCUGGCAGAGGAGCCCCAUGGCCAGAUCUUGCUGUUACGAAGCUGGAUGUGGAUCCUCUAACCUGUGUGGCUGAUGACUCAGACUGUAUCGGGGAGCGAAAUCUAAGGUGCCGUUGAAUCACAACAAUAUAACCCCGAGAGGCUCUGCUGUUCCUGUUCAUGAUGGUGUAGUGUUCCGUAAUCAUGAGAUGCCACCAUGCACAGCCAACUCAAGGACCCAGGCAAUGCUGAGCCCCUAACAAGGGGGAGGAAGAAAGAUGGAGGUGUCAAGAGCCCAAUGUAUGGUACAGAAGUGAAAUUAACAGAAAACAGAACAGAACUUCUAUCUUAGCAUAUUUCACUUCUUCAAACAUGUCCAACAUCACUCCAGAAGCUUGCAACGUUGACUCUGACCUGGACGGUGUGCUUCCUCCAUCACUCUAUGCAGUUGUAUUCGUAGUGGGACUACCAGCCAAUCUUUUAGCCCUCUGGGCUGCCUGGUUGCAGGUGCGGAAAGGAAAAGAACUUGGAGUCUACCUUCUAAACCUCAGCCUGUCAGACCUCCUCCUCAUUUGUGCACUACCACCCUGGACAGACUACUAUUUACGAAGGGAUGUAUGGGGAUAUGGACCAGGGGCCUGUCGUCUCUUUGGCUUCAUCUUUUAUACCAACCUUUAUGUGGGUGCUGCCUUCCUGUCCUGUGUGUCAGCUGACCGCUACCUGGCAGUGGCACAUCCUUUGAGGUUUCCUGGUGCACGGCCCAUCCGAUCUGCUGCUGCUGUGUCUGCACUGGUUUGGGUCCUAGAACUGGCAGCUAACGCCCCUCCAUUGUUUAGAGACGCUAUCACCAGAGACCGCUACAAUCACACAUUCUGCUAUGAGAGUUAUCCCCUAUCUGGGAAGGGAGAUGCACUGGCCAAUGUGGGGAGGGUAUUAGCUGGAUUUUUAUUGCCUUGGGGGAUAAUGCUUUUGUGUUAUGCUGGGUUACUUCGUGCCCUGCGAGGAAGUGCGUCCUGUGAGAGAAGGGAAAAGAGACGGGUGCGUCGGCUUGCCCUGGGGCUACCUUGUGUGGCACUGCUCUGCUAUGGGCCCUAUCAUGCACUGCUCCUCCUACGCAGUCUGGUAUUUCUGGCCGGAGGUGGUUCUGUAGCGGCAGGUGAAAGCUGUGCGUUGGAGGAGCGGUUGUUCCCAGCAUACCAUGCCUCUCUGGCAAUGGCCACCCUGAACUGCUUGGCUGAUCCUGCACUUUAUUGCUUGGCUUGCCCAGGAGCCAGGGGUGAGGUGGCAAAAGCAAUAGGUAGAGUGGUGGCUUGGGCAAUGGGCAAGGACAGAAGUGGUUGGCAGGUAAGAGGCGGAGAUGGCAGAGGAAUCGGUCGAGGUGAGGAGGUGGGAAUGGUGGAGAUGGGAGGGAGAGGGGGAGGCUCCAUCAUCUGAGCUGGAUUAACAAUUUGGUGAAUGUGUACAAAAUAGAAUUAAAGAAUUUGAUGUCUUGUAAUAAAACGUGUCUGGUUAUUACACAGACAGAGUGAUGGUCUGCAGGUAGUGUUACUGUGUAGAUAGUGUUACUGUGUAGACAUCUUGCAGCUAGGUCUGCCAUCUGUGUGCUGAGUCAGUGUGUGUUACGUAGACACAUCCAGAACGCAGGGGCAAUCGAGUUACACAGGAACAGCGGAGAGGAGGAGUGUGGGGGUACACAGCUGUUACUGAUGGAAGUUCGAGCUGUACCAGGCACAAUACUCUCACAUUCAAAUAAAAACGUCGGCAGUAUAGGCACCUGUUGUCCUGGUUUCCCCUCACAAUUAUCGGGCCCCAUCAACUACUCAUGAGAUUAAUCACAAGAGUGAUAUGUUCAUCUAUCAGGUCACUAAAAUUGAGAUCCACAGAAAGGUGCAGACACAUCACACAUUUAUGUUGACUGGAGGAGGGGGGUGUACUCACAAAAAGCAGACAUGGUUACCUUCCAGGUACAUUUGACUUAUUAAAAUUUUGAAAUAAGUUCAGCAACUUUUUCAUUUAACAUCUAUGUUACGGGCACCAUUGUAAUAUGAUCAUAGAUGUCAUAUACCUAAACAAUAUGAUUUGUGGCAUAGCAGGAAACACACAUACUGUAUAGCCACAUAGUAACAGUACCUAUACACCAAAAAAUGGGAAUAAAUUGGAUAGGGUCCUCUUUGUUUUGUAGUGUUUUUUUUUUUGUUUUUUUUAAACAAUGUUUUUUUCUUCUUGUGAUUUUCAUUUAGUGGCUAACUAUAGUCUUUGUGUGCAGGUGUAGCCCUCACCUUCAGAUUUUAUUUAUUCUUCUUUUUUUCUACAAAGCUUCAUGUUGAAGUA